UAGCAAAUAGCCCCUCUCUGGUCCCAACAAAAAAAGCCCCAUAUGCAAGAGAGGUGCUAAGAAAGAAAGUUAAUCAACUACAAAAUUUUCAGAACACCAAUUGAAAAAAUAAAAAAGAAAAAAAAAAAUCGCAAUGGCAUUCAAGCAUUACGUAUCUUUCUCUCUCGUCUUUCUAGCAACAGCCUCUAUUUUCCUGGCAAAUGAAGCCCAAGCCCACGCCGGAGUCAACAACAACAAUGACCUUUGCUGCAAGUCCGAUUACCCGGCUCUGUGCCGCUCGCUGAUCAAGGGCCAGACUAACCCAUUUGGUGCCGCCCAAACUGUUGUGAACCACUUGAUCAUGGAGACCCAGCGUGCCAAAAAACAUGUUGCCCGGUUUGGAUCUUCUCAAUCGCAGGUGAUCGGGAUCUGCCAAGACAGUUACGAUGAUGCCCUUGACAACCUCCAUACCUGCCUUGGUAAUCUUAAAGGCAAUGACAAAGGUAGCUUCAACAGCAACUUGUCAGCUGCUUUGUCCGAUUUUGAAGUGUGCAACGAUGGGUUUAAUGAACUUGGUGAGUCAUCUCCUGUUAAGGACGUUAACAGUUUGCUUGAAAAUAUUGCUGACACAGGUUUAUAUUUGGAAUCUUUGGUUCACUAAGAAAAUAAUAAAUAAAUAAAAUGGAAAUGGAAUUGGAGAGUGGCUUUGCAGGCCAAAAAAAAAAAAAAAAUGGUUGCUUUAUAAAAAAAUUUAAAAAAAGAAAAGAAAAGAGAAUGUAUUACUGUGUACGUAAAUUUUAUGGGGUUUUGUUUGGUUGUGAUUAAAAAAAAAAAAAAAAAAGGAUAUUGAUCUAUCAUGAAGAUCAAAAAAGGGAAGAAAGGGGGAAGGCAAUGUUUUGUAGUUGGUUUACUGUUCUCUUUCUUGCUUCAUUUUAUGCUAGUGCCAUUGUGAUGAAUGCGAUUUGUUUACAAACAAAAUCAUUUUUUUAUUCUAAAUGUAUAAUUUAAUCCCAUUUAUCACCAGGUUAAAUAUAAUUUAUUAUAUAACAUAGAAAUUAAUAAAUAGUUUUAUAUGGUUUGUCCAA